AACUAGAUUCUGUGAAAUGUUUCAAACUAGUCUACUAGAUGUUAUGAAUUAAUCCAAAGUAAUAGUGGUCGGUUUACAGUUCUUUAAUAUGAAAAUUCUGGUAUUUAUAUUGUUGUCUCUGGCCUUAGCUUCUGCGCAAUACUACAGACCAGAAAACUAUGGACGAAAUAUUAGAAUUUUAAGCCAAACACAACAAGGACCCAAUCCCGAUGGAUCAUAUAAAUGGAGUUACGCAACUGAGAAUGGAAUUACAGCUGAAGAAGAAGGUCGCCUUAAAAACCGAGGAAGCCAGCAAGAAGCAAUGGAAGCAAGAGGAGGCUUCAGUUAUACAGCUCCAGACAAUUCCGUUAUUUCACUAACAUACACUGCAGAUGAAAAUGGAUUCCAAGCUUACGGACCACAUUUACCAACACCUCCACCGAUACCUGUAGCUAUACAAAGAGCCCUAGAGUGGAUUAGGGCAAAUCCCGAUCCCAGAUACCAACCAGAUGGUCGCUAUUAAUUUACUUAAAUCAAAAAUUUGCGUAUUAAUUUUCAUAAAUAAAAUCUAAAAACGUAAAAAGUUUACCGAAAAAUUAACAGUGUUAUGUUAUAUAAUUUUUAAUAAAAAGCUCUAUUACCUGAAAACAUCAAUGUAUUGCUAAUUUCGGCGACACAUAAAGUAAUACCUGGUCUUUUAUCCA